CAACAACAUCAAAUUACACGAGAAUGUACUGUUUUCACGCGCUUUUCAUUCAAAGUGUUGGAAUAUAUAUUUCGCAACAUAUACCUGCUCAGAAUAUCAGAAAUAAAGGAAUUGUGUAUUCAGGUCUUGACAAAGAGAAAUCUAAAAGAAACAGUCGUGCAUAUAAUUCAAAUAAGACCUCAAAGUUUGAUAUUGAACUCACUUCUACAGCUAAUAUAACGGAAAGAAAGUCAGAGACAUUUCCACACUUCCUAAACAUGAUAAAAAGCCAAUCUGACGCUUCUUUUUUUAAAAAUAUAAGGGGAGGAGCGUGCGGGGAUGAUGAUAUUCCUUCCGGUAUGAGCACGCCUGACCGACCGCCACAAGUCAGAAAUGGCAUGGUGGACCGUGAUGGUAUGAAGCGAAACAAGGACUUCUGGCAGCAGAGAAUCGACAACCAUGAAGUUGAUAGGCUUAUCAAUCCGUUUAGUGAGUUCUGGGGAAAUGACAGGAAUAAAUAUAGAGACGUUUUACAAAAUGCCAAAGCAGUCUGGAAGGGCGCGGACAAACGCACGAAAUUGACAAAAGCAGACGACAAAUACGGUCGGCCGGUCGAAGGGACGCUUACGGAAUAUAGAGGAAACAAAGCGAAAAACUUUAUCGCUAAUAACAUAAUCGAAUGCUGUGACACUAUACGAACGAUCGGUGAACAGAAAGCAGACGGUACUUGGGAAGUGACUUUUGGAAAGUUAUUCAGAGCAUACGAGAGAAUAAAUGACAAAGUUGUCGGCCUUUUGGUGAGGGCUAGACGUCACGGUCUAUUAGACUUUCCCGGGGAGAUGUUGUAUCAAAGACAAGACGAUGACGUCAUUAUAAAGUUGUUCAAAGUUCCAACAGUAGAGGAGUUGAACUUAAAAUAUAUAGAGUUCCAAAAGGAGAGAGAGGAAUUAAAUAGCAGAAAGGAGAAUGAACUGAAUAGUGUGAACGAGGCUGAACAGUGAUAUGGAUGUUGGUUAUUAACAUCCGACAAUCUAGACGUCAUACAUAUCUAAAGAUCUAUGCAAGAAUAAAAUUGUUGCCACAAGAUAAUUUAGUUUCGACCCAUUUACGAUCCAACAAAAAUAAGGAUCGUUAA